UAAUGCCGAGAAGAAAAUGUACUUUCAACGAGGAGCUAAAGAAAAAUUUUCCUUCCUUCAAAAAAGGAAAAUACGACUGGGAGGUGAGCUGCAGCAUUUGCAAUUGUACGCUCUCAAUUGCAAAUAAAGGAAAAAGUGAUAUUGAAGAACAUAUAAAGUCUUCAAAACAUUCCACAAAUCUACGAGCGUCAACAUCGUCGGCAACUUUAAAUUCCUAUGUUGAAAAAAGACCGACAGAAGCGAAUCUAAAGCAUUUAAAAGCAGCAGAGGCAACAAUAGCCUACCACACAGUGUUUCACCACCAAUCUUUCAAUUCACUUUAUUGUACAAUGAAAUUGAAUCAAAAAUUAUACUUUGACUCUAACAUUUGCAAGCAGCUCUCUUGUGCACGGACCAAAGCUACAGCUAUCAUCACAAAUGUUAUUGCUCCGUUUUCUAUAUCGCAGGUAUUGUACAAUUUAAAGAAUAUUUCUCACAUAAGUGUUCAAACCGAUGCGAGCAACCAUUUAGCUCUGAAAAUGUUCCCUGUUUUGAUAAGAUAUUACGACUUUAAAAAUGGUGGAACAAAAUGUAAACUAUUAGAUAUAGUCUUCGAAAAGAAUGAGCAGUCAGAAACAAUUGUCCAGCUUAUUGUUAGAACCCUUACACAAAACAGCUUGUUAUCAAAAUUAACUGGCUUUUGCGCCGACAACUGCAAUACCAAUUUUGGGGGUCGACAAAGGAAAGGUACUAACAAUGUCUUUUCAAAGUUGAAAUCUUUAGUCAACCAAAACAUAAUAGGUGUAGGUUGUCCACCUCAUGUAUUGAAUAAUGCUAUUUACCAUGGAUGUGAUACGUUGCCAGUCGAUGUAGAUAUAAUUAUUGUAAAAAUAUAUAAUUAUUUUUCUAUCUACACGGUCAGAACGGAAAGACUUAAAGAAUUUGCGGAAUUUCUUGACAAUGAAUACAAGCCUCUUUUAUACCAUUCAAAAACAAGGUGGCUUUCUCUCUAUCCUGCCGUCGAACGUCUUUUGCUUAUGUACGAAGUCCAAAAGACCUAUUUCGAAGACGUGGAGAAUCCCCCAAAAACUUUACAAAAUGCAUUCUCUGAUGUCAACAUUUAA